AUGGAGGAAGUCAAUGAUGUUUGUGCAGUAAAGAGGUGGUGGAGAUUCAGGACAUGUCCAUCCUUAUGGGCAAGUUUUCUCAAAGCUAAAUAUUGUGUGAGAUCUCAUGCUGUCUCUAAAUGUUGGACAUCUGGAAAUUCAAAUCUUUGGAAAGGUCUUACCCAAAUCAGAGAGAAGGCAGAAAACAACAUUAAAUGGGUAGUGAAUUCUGGUAAUUGCAGUUUUUGGUGGGAUGAUUGGACUGUAAACGUCCGUUGGCUUUCACCACAUAUGCCGCUGUUAGACCGAAGUAUACCAAGAGGCAACCGUGAGCGAAAUGACUAUGCCAUAUGGAACUUGACUAAGGAUGAUAUUUAUUCCAACAAUUCAGCUUGGCAUUUGGUUAGGGCAACUAAACCUAAAGAUGAUUUUAAUAACAAGUUGCCUUUUGAUGAUACUAUUAACAAAUUUGGGAAUCACAUUGUGUCUAAAUGUCUUUGCUGUAGAGAUCAUAAUUGUGAAACCUUGAAACAUGUAUUCUUUGAUAGUGAGGUUGCUAUCAGACUGUGGAAGUUCUUUGGGAAUCCUCUGGGCAUUCAGUGGUAUACUGAUACCAUUAGAGGGAUUCUUACUCAAUGGUGGCAGAGGAAACCAAAGAACAUGAUCCACAAAAUGGUGUUACAAAUUAUUCCAAUUUGUAUUAUCUGGGAAAUAUGGAGAAGCUAUACUGCAUGUAAAUAUGGCGAAAACACUAGAUAUUAUCUAUACAAGAUGAUCAAUCAAAUUCUCUGGAAUGUUAAGGCAGCUGUAUCGAGAACUUAUCCAAACAUUACUAUUCAUCUUCCUUGGUCCAAAGCUUGUGAGAUGAUUGAAAAGUUAAAACCAUCUGUUACAUGGAUGAAAGUUCAAUGGGAGAUGCCAGAAGUUGGUAACUUGAAAGUACACACAGAUGGUAGCUUCUUCAAGGAUACUAAGACAGGAGGCAUUGGAGGAAAAGUUAGAAAUGAGCAUGGUGAUUUUAUCAUGGCAUUCUCUGUUCCUUUACAAUGCAACAAUAGCAACAUGGCUGAAUUGAAAGCUGUUAAGUUUGCUGCUAAAUGGUGUAUGAACCAAAGGAUUCCCAAUUUUACAUUGGAGAUGGACUCCUUAGUUAUCUGUACCAUGAUCAGGCAAAGAGCAACUCAAAACAACAAAUUGAGAAGAGAGCUUGAAGAUAUCAUUAGCUACACCGAUCAUGAUCAUAUCACAAUUAGUCACUGCCUAAGAGAAACAAACCAAGUGGCGGACUGGUUGGCCAAAGAUGCUUCUAAUCUAACAGAGGGAAUUAUUUACUCGUCCUUUCAUCAGUAG